AUGGAGCCGCCGCAUUGGGUGUCGGUAUGCCGGCCGCCACCGUGUGAUGAGUCCGAUGUAAUUGGGUCAACGGCUAGGAUGAGCCAGUUUGUGGCCGCCUGGCCAAACCUUUCUCCUCUCGCCUACAGUCAGCCAGACGCAGAGGCACUUCCGAUCGCGCAACGGAUCCUGGAGACGGGCAGCCUACCUCCAUUUGUUCCACCGCGGCUUGUCUAUCGCCUAAACGUGUGGCUGCUGGGCCCCUCGCCAGACUCUCCAGAAGUUGACCAGCAGGGCAGAGUCCUGUCCUUGAACGAGGAGGACCUCAAGGCUCGCAGCCAAGAGCCGCUGGGUGACUUGCUCUACCGCCAGCAUGAUCUGCCGCCUAGUGCCUUUCCGGAGCCACAUGCAGAUGUGACGGUGCAGGAAAUCAAGUGGUGCUUGCCAGCCCUGCUUCCUGACAAAAUGUUCCGCUGCACGGUGGAAGCUCGCUUCGAGACGAAUGCCUCUGUUCAUUGGUGGACCCCCUUGAUGCAGUCGGAGGAGUUUGUUGUGGAGCGGGUGCCUCCUCCAGCGCCUCCCGAUCUUGCCCCGGUGUCGGAGCUUCCUACGCCACAGCUGGACAAGUUGCUGGCACGCCGAGCUCCAGGUUCUAUGACGUACGUUGUAGUGCGCUGGCCCUGGCGGGUGCUGGGCAGACCGGUGGAUGUUCUUCGGGAGGCAUGCCAUGUUCUGGAGUUCUGUCCAAGCGAGGCGCGGCAAUCCUUAAGGGAUCCAACUUCCAAGCCGCUCGACCCAAAGGGCGAGACUGUUGUACUUGGUCGGGCCACAGGGCCUUGGAAGGAGCCAAAGGCGCAACAGGUUUGUUUCGCCAACUUUGAGAAGGGUGAGGUCUGGUUCGAACUCCCAGAUGAGGCGACGGAGGAAGCAAACUGGGUGCCACUUCUAAUUGCGAGCGGUCUCUGGACCUCAAGCGACCAUAGCAGCGAGCCUCGCUCAGUUCAUCUACGCUGGCGGCUCCGAGCAGGCCAGUCAGCUAUUGCCGAGACGAACACGGCAUUGCACUACAGUGCCGCUACUGGGCCUGUGCGAAGCUUUGUGGCGAAACCGUCCGUGUCAUCCCUGCAGCUUGUGGUUCCACAACGGGCUUCACGCCUGACAGGGUCUUUGCGCUGGACAGCCUGGGAAGGAGCGGUGAAGCACCAAUUUUGCUAUCGCCUGCUCACCCAACAGAAGAAGAAAAAACGGCACCACCGAGGAAUGCAGCUGCUCAAGUCCUCUACAACUCUUUCAGAGGACUCGGAAUCGUCUGAUCAGACGGAAGAUGCAAGCCCGUCCACUAACCCGCUUGCUCAGGCUUCACAUCUGCAUCCUGUCACAGGAUGGCUGGAGCUUCCCCCGAUCAUGGACGACGUCAAGCGCUGGCGAAUGACGACUGAGGCAAGCAGCGAAUCUGAGUUGCUGCGCGAGCCUGAUGAAGCUUCGCUGCUUGCCGAAUUCACUCGGCGGCUUUCACCUCCGGAGUGGCAGCGGCUUGCCUGGCGCCACUACCACCUUCAGCAGGAGGCACCGAUCCACGUCAUGCCAUUUUUGCUGGUGUCACAGGUGAAGGAAACUGUCCACACUGAUCUUGAGGGAGUCUGUUGGCGACGUAACGCUUUGGUUGCUGAGGGGGAGUCGGCAAUGGAGUUCACCAGCCAGCGGGUUCCAACCUUCUACAUCAGUCCGAAGUUUGCCCAGUCAGGCAGGGCCUUCUGCCUCAGUGACCUUGCAUCAAGUUGGUCAGAGUGGUCAGCGCCAUCAGACCCGGCUGGCAUGGUGCCACCCAUUCCAACACUCUCCGCGCCUGUCCGCCUAAUCUUUAAUCGACGCGAGCCAACCAUUGCUCGAGUGGUCUGGAGCGGCUGUGAGCCGCUUGAGGGAUACGAGCACCUGAUGGAUAGCAUCGAGUACUUGUUGUAUCUAAGCAUCGAUGAGGAAAGCGGUCGCGAGUUCAUCCAGGCGUUCAUAGUUCUGGGUGGUAAGUUGGCAACAAGAUGUAGGAUCCUGGAGGUUCUUGUCAUGGCAAUUGAAGAGCUGGGACAGAGAGCAGAAGAGUUUACCUUGCUGACGGAUCGUGCGGAGGGAGUUGAGACGCCAACCUUCGACUUUGAGAACCUGUUCACAGACCGAAGCCAGCUGAUUUCUCAGAUGCGGACCGUCAGCGCCGAGGGGGAUGACAGCGGGUUCUCCGCCGGCUACGGUCACCGGGUUCGACUUGCUGGUCAGCGGGCCGUAUCCUUGAGACACGACAGGUUGAAGCCCCAUUGCCUACACCGCAUCUCUGUUUGCGUCCGCUGCGCCGUGGAGGGUUUGCCGGAGCCGGACUGGCAGCGCUUGAAGCCUCCUUCUCGGCCUUGCGCAGUCGGCAUCGGCCCGGCUGCAGGCCUCGCCUACUUCUACAACUUGGAACGGUUCAAGUUUGAUGCGGAGCAGCGGCAGGAUUGCAUACACCAGAUGCAGAAUAUGCGCUUGGCGCAGUGGGGCCUCUUUCGUGAAGAUGUCAGGGAUGUCUUCCAACUUUCAACAUCCAACAUGGACAACUACAUCUUAGUUGGGGCGCUUAUUGUGACGGCCGUCAUGAACUUCAUAUUUGUUGGCUAUCCAGAAUUCCCUUUAGAGCCUCGCUGGCUUCUAGUGCUGUGGAACAACUGCGUUUUUGCCUGCAUUUUCUUUGGGUUGGUUAGCGUGUGGCUGGCUAUGCAUGGAUCCAUUGCACAGCGCUCCGCCAAAGUGAAGAUUCUCACGCAAGCGGUGCGUCCACCAGUCCCAAGCCUGAAAGACAUCGAGUCAGCCAUGCGUUCCCAGGAGCGAUUUGAGAGUGACGGAGCCGGUCGCUACUUCCAGCCUCCUGCUUUUGCCAUUCCCUUCGCAUUGGCGGAAAAGGACGAGAUUCCGAAGUCGGAGCCUUCCUCAGUGGAUCCCGGUGUGCGGACGUUGCCUACCGGGUCUGGCGUAAGUCAAAGAAAGGGCCGUGCUCGCCCCAAAUCCCAAAAGGAGGAACCCGUGGAUUGGCUGUCGGAUGCACCGUUUGCCGGUGAAGAGGUUCUGCAACAUCUGCAGACGGUGGACAAUGGAGGUCCUGGGCGAAGUGCGGUGAUGCACUCGCACUUCUGGAUGCUACGAAGGGUCCAGCGGGGAUACGCAUGCUUCGAUGCAUACGCCCGCAUUGGAUUGGUACUGGCUGCUCAGCACAUGCUGUUGGUCUGUGCGUACUACUCAUUGGGUCACUUCAUGUCAAAAAUGGACAAUUGGCCGAUACCAGCGCAGAAUCCAGGUGCAGCCUGGUUGUCUCUGAUCGCAGGUGCGUUCUGCACCACCACACUUUUUAAACUGGACCUCUUCUGUGGUCCAAAGUACAGGAAUCUUGUGCAGCUGUGUCUGGUAAUUCCACCAGCAUUAUCAGGCCUCGCAAUUCACCUUGCAGCUUCCAGAACCAAUCAUGGCAGGGGCGGUGUGCGUGCAUGCGAUCAAGUCGUGCCAGCUUGGGCGCCCUGGGCUUUGGCAAUACUGGCGUGCGGAGGCCACAUGCUUUGGAUGUGGGUGAUUUUACGAGUGUCGGCACCCCGCUUGGAAAGCUCCGGCCUUCCAUUGUCCUUUCGAUCUACGGUAUACUUGGAUGUGUUUGGUUGGCAUAGCAGACACUUCAGCGCGGCUGCUGUUCGAACAGCCGUUGACUGCGCUCAUUGGGAGAACCCAGAGAAGAUGCUUUAUGAGAUUGCAGAGAGGCGUCCAGACCACAAGUGUUUGGUGGCCACGCAUAGGGAAGCCAAACACCUUGUGAGUGUCCUGUCCCAGCUUGUGACAGCAGAAAUGUCAGCACAUCUGUCCCAGGAAGAGAGUGAAGAUUUGCAGCAGUUGCGCUUUACCUUGGAUGAGCACCUGCGAGACCUGGAAACGCAAAUGGCAAUGCCUGCACAUGCUGGACGACAGUCUGACGGGUGGGAGAGACGAGGUCAAGAGGCCGUGCCUGCUUGGCUGCAGAGCUCGUUCCUGGAAGGCGACAACGAGGAGGUCUACUGGAUUGACUGCCGAUCGGGACAGGUCGUUUGGUCAGUGCCAGAGGCUGGUCAGAUCAUUGAUCUCUUCCGUCUCAGCACAUCCUUGGAGGAGCUGCAGCUUCGCAUCGACCAAUCACCAAGGAGCUCGCAGGAGCCCAUUCUGGCAGCAGAAGCAUUGCCCUUUGAGCUUAUGCCGGAGAACCCAGACGUGGAGGUCAGCAGCAGCCUGCUGCCAUGGAAGUGCGUUCGCUUAUCCUGUUUGGCUCAGAUGGGAGUUUGGCUUGCCACCAUUGCUGUGCUGCUUUUUGACCCGAAGUACUAUGACUCAGCCAGAGCGCCCAGAGAGAUGUAUGACAGCAUUGCAUUGCAAGUCGUUCAGACAGACUGGCCGCAUGAUUUCUUUCGACCUUCCGCGCUUGCUUGCAGCGCAUCCGGCCGACAUUUGAUGCUGGGAGAUCAAUUCGCGAUCUUUAAGGCAGAGCUUGAGCUUUUGGGUGAACAUUCCGAUGAGUCCGCGGUGGAACGGAUGGAGGAGGAAGCUAGCCGCAACCACACUCAUGAGAGAAUCAGCCUGAAAACAAUCACGCUGGAAAUGGCAGUGCCAACAACUGAGAUUGACUUUGCCUUCAAAAGCUUUGGCUUUCUUCCUGGCAAGAACAAGCUGCUUCUGUUAAAUCAAGGCGGGACUGAGAUCACCGAGUAUUCCUUGCACGGCCACAGGUAUGUGAAGACAUGGAAGCUGAGCCCGACAUUGCCGCACAAGCGGCUUGAGACUAUCCAACCGGUGGAGGGGCAGGAGACUCUUCAAUGCGCCAGAGACGGUUCAGGCUUUAUGAAUGCUGGCUGGCUUGUUUACGCAGCAACGGACUCUGGACAGGUCGUCACCUUGUGCCCCACACAUCGGAAUGAGCUACAUCCACUACAUAUGGUUAUCUCGCUAAGAAGUCGCCGCCCUUCGCAGGAAGUCGUUGAAGUUGUCGACUCUCACACAGGAACCACCAAGGCCUCAGCCCAGACCGUCAUUGGCGUGUAUCAUGAUCCCAGCACCGGAUACAUCUGGCUGUUGAACACCAAUACUGAGGGUAUGGCCGAGGUCGUCGUCUUUGACUCAGAGCGUCCCAAGGCAACCUGGGGGGCGGGCAAGGAUUUCUUAUUGCUGCAGCUGCUGAUACUGACCGUGCUGGUCAAGUCGGAGGUCCUGAACUUUGGUUCCUUGAAGACAUCGGGCUUUCCGAGAGACACAGCCAACACCGAUUGUGGACAGACCGUGAACAGAGAACGAGACAAAGAUGUCCCGAUUCCGGAAGCUCGAUUUGGCCGGUUUCUCCACACGCCCUGCAUCCUGCUGAAAUGUGAAAUGUUUGCGAAGACAAACAAGAACGACGCAGACAAGGAUCACAGCGUGGUGAUCGACUGCAGGCCUGCCGGCGGGACUGAUGAGGACUACCGGCAGAUUCCCUUGGAGAACUCAGUCUUUUGCCAGCCCGUGGAGCAUGGACCCUGCCGCUUGAUUUACAAUUUGCCUUUCCUGCGCGCUGAGAUACGCACUCGUAACGUGGUCAUGAAUGACGUGUCAGCAGCCAGCAUCCCCUUCUUUGCAGUGCCUCCUCUGACUGUUCAGCAAGCCAAAGGGCCCUCAAUCCAACUUGUGGAGGGCAAGGCCGCGUGGGAACGGUUGCGGUACCUGAAUUCAUCUGGAAAGGGUUUGCUUCUGGACUGCCUCCAAAUGUAG